AUGGCUACAUCGCCUGUAGGGACCCCCUUGAACCCCCAGGUUCAGCAGUGGAUACAUAGAGUUAUACAGCCCGAAUAUCACGACACACAUCUGACCUACCACAAUGUCGCCGCAACUCUUUACCAGUUUCCGACAUUAUCGCCUCGUACAGAUGUUUAUACCCACGAAGAUGGUCGUUCUCAAUUGCUUCUCAAUCUUGUUGGAACAUUCCCAGUCACUUUCCGCGGCGCUACAUAUCAAAUUCCACUGAAGAUAUGGCUACUACACGAGUACCCUAAGCAGCCGCCGAUGGUGUUUGUAAAUCCAACAAGGGAUAUGCUCAUCCGCCCAGGAAACCAUGUCGACCCGAGCGGACGGUGCUAUCACCCAUAUUUGGCCAAUUGGGUCAACUACUCUGAUAGAUCAACUAUCGUAGAUCUCCUGGAAGUCCUACGCCAGGUAUUCGGUAGAGAACCACCUGUAUAUGCAAGGCAACAGCAGAACACGCCAGGACCUCAGACUAGAAACGAAACACCACCCCCAUUGCCGCCGCUACCCCCCGGGCUUGGAAGAACAAACUCACCAGCUACCCCCCCGAAUCAUGCGCAAGCUGCUGUUCCUCCUCCAUUGCCGCCAUUGCCGAGGGAGCUUUCUGGGGGUACGCCCUCAGUGCAACAGCAGCAGCAGGUGAGCCAUGCAGGAUACCAAAACCAGCAUCAACAAUCACCUCCGCCGAUACCUCCGCAUCCCCAACCCCAGCAACUAUAUGUUCAUCCGCAACCGCAGCAACAACACCAACAACAAGGCUGGCCUAGAAAUGAGAGCCCAAGGGGCGGUUCUCUCCCUAGUUAUCAAGAUCAAGGCCCUCCUCCACCACCUCUACCUCCAGCCCCUCAUCGGUCAGAGGAAUCAUCGCCAGUCCCCCAGCAACAGCAGCCGUUACAGUACAACCGCGCCCAUGCACCAACUCCAUAUCAUCACCCACAGACAUAUCACCAAAUAGCCCCCCCGCCAAAUUCCCCAGGCUCAGGCCCAGCUCUAUCUGCACGCUCAACUCCACCGCCCCAUCAAAAUGUCACGCCAUCUAGCCGUUUCCCUAGCAUCCCAUCUGUACGACCAGUAUCAUUCAACGGAUUUCCCCAUUCCCCCCACCCUCAGAGUUAUUCGAUGCCUCAGCAGCAACAGCAGCAACAACAGCAGCAACCUCAACCUCAUAUACCCCCAAAGCGACCAGAAGCAAUCGAUAUUAUGUCCCUUCCGCCUACUGAGAUAGCACCUCUGGUGCCUUCCGCCGCGCCGCCACCUCUUCCUCCUAACCCUGAAAAGGAUCGUCUUAUACAAGAGAUCACAAAGGCACUACAAGCACGAGCCGAAGCGCACCAUGCGAAGAUGCACGUAUCACUUGAGCAGGCUGCCGCUCAAUGCGAAGCUAUACUAAGAGCAGAGUCAAACAUGGAAAGAGAGAGAGCAGAACUGGCAAGGAUCAUGGAGCUAUGCGAUAAAGAUGCGGAUAUAUUGAAAGAGCGUAUAACAAUGGCAGGUGAAGUUAUCAAGGACGCCGAGUCGAGGGAAUUGCCCGGGGUUGAUACGGUCGUGGUCGCACCGACGGUUGUGCACACUCAGCUAUAUGAUCUUGUAACGGAAGACAUGGCGAUUGAAGACACGAUAUAUGUUCUUGGGAAAGCCUUGGACAAGGAAAGGAUUUCAUUGGACGUAUUUUUAAAGCACACACGAACAUUGGCUCGGGAGCAAUUUAACCUACGAGCGCUUGUAAAGAAGAUUACUAGGCAGAUCGGAAUUGAAUCAUAA